GGCAGCGCCGUGUACCUCAGAGACUCGUCUGAAGGGCCUGCCGACCGCCGCAUCACCAUGAGGCUCCCCCACGCGCCGACCAUUGGCCUGCUGCUGCUGCCGCUGCUGACUACAGGAACAGAAACUCCCUACAGUGACUGUGGGUUUACCGGCUCCCUGGUCGGACUUCAGCUAGGUAGCUGCCGAGAAUGGCCGUGCGUCUUCGAACGGGGAGUGCCCAUCGCUGGAGAGGUUCUCUUCAAGGCGGUCUCGAACUAUCGCACCCUCAAAACGACGAUUAAUGCUCUAUUCGGAGGUAUUGCAAUUCCGCUUUAUGUCGACGAACAGAUGUGCACCAAGCUGCUGAUCGGCCAGUGUCCGGCGGACAUCGGAGAGUCGCUCAGCUACCUGGCCAACUUGACCGUGGGCCACGACCUACCGACCAUCACCGUCACGCUGGAGUGGAACAUCGCCAACGGAGACGGAGAGACGGUCGUCUGCGCCCAGGUGCCCGCCCAGUUCCACUAGCAUGCGCCGUCGACGACGCAGGUCCACCAGCGCGAAAAUGGCGAAGAAGGCGACGUCAACUUCUAAGCUUCUUCAGUCGUGGACCGCGAGGCUCCACUGGCAAGUGCCGUGGACGGUCCAUUCCGUCACAGAUGUCUUGUUCUGGGCGACUUCAGCGGCAGUCGCGCCAGUUUCAUUGUAUUAUACGCCGCAUACGAGCUGUUAAUUACUUCCGAUCUGAGAUGCAACUUUGAAUGGUAAUCUGGGCUAUUUUUCUGUUGUAGGGUUAGCAUUGAUAUUUGAUUGUUAGACUAGAUAUGAUUAUUGUCUUGGUGCUGUGACAUGCUUCUCAUGAACAGCGCUAUGUCAUCGAUGUAGGUGUAAAUGUGUAUUAUGUAGGGGUUCUACUGUUAUCUAUGGUAGGGGUCAUAGGGAUUGUUAUCUGUGUGGGUUUUAUCUAUAGAUAAUGCUGUUUCAACGGGUAUCUUACAUGCAAAAAAUUAUCACGCUAUUUUCCUCGGAAACCAGGCUCCGUUUGAUAUUAAGAUUAUAUGAUCCUAAACAUGAUAAACAAUAGUUUGGGACCCCAAGCGUUUUGUGAGAUUUGUUAGUUGCUCGUGUCACCAGGCGAUUUCCCGCUUGCACUUGCUAGGCUAAAUGGAAACGUGCAUUUUAAGUUCGAUCGGCCUGUUAGUCAUGUACCUAAUGCUUAGUGAAACAUCACGAGUUCGCUAUACAGACAUAAUAUAGCUAAGUAGUCGAUCUAAGCUCCUUGUAGCGGAGUGCUCAGGAUUCUACUGAUGCCAAAACUGCGUCCGCGAAAUGACAACAUUCUUUGAGUGGAUCUGACAAUGUGGCGCUCCAAAAACGCACCGUGCCGAUGCCAGCCGUGUGUUUUUGUGCGGCGAGCGCAAAUCGCAAUCGCUCUGUGCCUAAUAGAUAUUACAUUCAGGCA